AUGAUAUUUUCUCAUAAUUUAUUAUUGUGGAUAGGGAGUUUGUUAGUGGCCGUAGCGCCAGUAAUUAAAAGUGAAACAAAAGGACUUAUAGAAUAUAAAAAUGUUAGGGCUGGUGCAACUGUCAAUCGCUUACAACGUAACGAGAGUACUAUUGAAGUGCUCGGAAGUAUCUUUAAAAGUAAUUCUACUUAUCCAGAAAUAUAUCGGAAUUUUACUGAAUUUGUGCGUUAUCCGCCACAUUGGCAUUCUCGUCAGUUUAAUUGUUAUGAAUCUAUUUAUUUAGUUUCCCAUCCGUCUGUUAAAGCUGAUAAUAAAUUUAGUUCGAAUAAUGCGAUCGAGCGUUCAUUUCUUCUGCUUGAAGAGGAUUUACUUAAACAUGAAAAAUUUAAUAUUGAUGAUAAAUUUAAAAAUAGCAGCUAUACUUGCGUGCUUUAUGAACUUUGUAAUCUUAAAGAAGAAAGAAUAAAAAAAAAUGUUGCAGUUUUUGGUGCGGAUGAUUUGCCGCCUAAUAUUAGUACUAUUAUUUACGUUUACGAAAAGGAUCCAAUAAAAGAGCAAUCAUUCAGUUCCUAUACCGACAAAAGAAUUGCAUACAAAAGUCCUAUAGUAUCUGCGACUAACAACACAAAACUUGAAGAGUGGACGGAAGAUUUUCUAAAUAAGACCCAGUCUUUUUUAUUCAAUUUUGAAAAUAUGCCGGUUAAAAAUCAAAAUGAAAUUUAUAAGCACAUGGAAAGCGAUGCAAUCAGAGACUUUAGAUUGGUUAAUUUACCGACUUUGAGUGACAAAUUAAUAAAAUUGCCUUCGACUAAGCAACAAUUGCAAGAACUGGAACCAGGUUGCACUUUAAAUAUAAGAGAAUUGAAAGGUGAUACAGUUUCAGUUAUAACUAUAAUGAGAUUCCUACUGUUUGAAAAAAUAUUUUCUGAAUCUGAUGAAAACUUUGCAAUGACAAUUCGUACGUAUAAUAACGACGAAAAAAUCAAGUCUUCUUGUCCAUAUCAACGGUUGGCUUUUCAAAGCAAUGAUCAUAUUAAUGAUCAUCAAAAUUUGGAGUUUUUUGAUUGCCUUGUAGAGCAUAAACAAUUUGGAAUACCCGGGUACCUUACGAAGGAGUUUAAAAGGAUGGAAGUUAGAGUUUGUCGCACUGUUAAGAAAGAAUCUGCUGAAGAACCCUUGACUAUUAUUAACUGGCACAAGGACUUUGAGGAUAUUGGGUACAAUGUUUUUAUUCGUGAAAAUAUUAUUAUUAAAUACCCCAAGGAAGGUGAAACUCAUUAUGUUUCUUCUGUUUAUAAGGGGGAUUGUUUAUAUCAGUCUCUACCAUUAUUCACCAGUGAAUUGAUAUCAGGGAGUGGAAAUGUAGAAUUUAUAAAUAAAGUUACGGAAUUGCUUCUCAACACCGAAACUCCUAAGCGCAGCCUGUAUCAAGUUCUUGAAAAUGAAACUCUUAAAUCCGAAGUUAAGAAACAAUUCGGAGAUAAUUAUUUAUUGAGUGUCAACUUGCGCCCAAUGCACACCAAACGUCCUCUACCUCAGUUAAACUUGAUCGAGUAUUCCUUCAAUUUUGGCAACUCGUUACAAGCUUCUCUAUUAACAAUUUUUGUAGCCAUGAUAGCAGCUAAAUUACUCAUCAAUUAA